AUGAUAGGCAAGAGGGAGAUCGUUGGGUACGGCUGGAACGGCCAGCCGGGCUACGCCGACAUGGCCGAUUUCCCGUUCCCGUCGAUCCGCUGGAAGGAGCCCAACUGCGAGAUCGCGGAGCUGCGCGAGAAGGAGAAGAAGGACUGGCGCGAGAUGAGCGUGUGCGAGAAGCGCGAGCUGUACCGGUUCUCGUUCUGCCAGACGUACGCCGAGUUCUUGGCGCCCACCGGCGAGUGGAAGUCGGUGAUUGGGUACGGUUUGAUGCUGAUAUCCGUCGGCUGUUGGCUGUUCUACUUCCUGAAAUACAUGGUGCAGCCGCCGUUGCCGGACAGCUUCCGCGACGAGUGCCGCGAGGCCCAGUUCAGGAGGAUGCUGGACAUUCGGGCGAAUCCCAUAUACGGCGUUUCUUAA